CAGACAGGGUUAGACACGAGAUUCUCGUCUGAGCAGAAGAUUCACUGAAGACACAGUUUAGCCAAAGAAAACAGCAGCAGUCAUGGCACAAGCUCUGGACAUUGAACGCUGGAACCUGGAGUGUGAGUUUAACAACACCGACCAUCGUACUGAUCUCAACGGUGUAGAUCGUCUGAUCGUGAGGAGAGGACAACCCUUCACAAUCAGCCUGUAUCUUCGCUCUGCAAGCUAUCAACCAGGAGUCAGCUCUCUUGACUGUGUUGCAGAAACAGGUCCUCAGCCUUCUGAGCAGUAUGGCACCAGAGCCUCCUUCGGUCUGUCUGCCAACAUUGACACUUCCCGCUGGAGCGCCGCUGUCAUCAGCCCCCCUGGGGACAUGGUUACCCUGUCCAUCUGCUCCGCCCCUGAUGCACCUAUAGGCCGCUACACCCUGACCCUGGGGCGAUCAGGGCGGAUUGAGUUUAUCCUGCUCUUUAACCCCUGGUGCCCAGGUGAUACAGUAUACAUGGAGAAUGAGCAGAGUUUGGCAGAAUAUGUCUUGUCCCAGGAUGGAAUCAUCUUUCGAGGCAGUGCCAAACAUCCCAUACCCCUGCCCUGGAACUUUGGCCAGUUUGAAGGUGGAAUUCUUGAUGUCUGUCUGAGGAUCCUGGAUAUGAAUCCUAAAUGUCAGAGGAAUCCUGGCAAAGACUGCUCAGGGAGGAGAAAUCCCAUCUAUGUGUCCAGAGUGCUGAGUGCCAUGGUGAAUUGUAAUGACGACAGAGGGGUGUUGCUGGGAAAAUGGACAGAUGGUUAUGAAGGAGGUGUGAGCCCCAUGUUUUGGAGGGGCAGUGUGGAGAUUCUGCGCAACUGGGACACACAAGCCUGUCAGCCUGUGCGCUACGGACAGUGCUGGGUGUUCGCUGCAGUGGCCUGCUCAAUUUCCAGAGCCCUUGGCAUUCCCUGCAGAGUCGUCACCAACUACCUGUCAGCCCACGACAGCAACAGCAACCUGGUGAUUGAACGCUUCAUCAACGAAAAUGGAGAACUCAUUCAGUCCAGAGAAAUGAUCUGGAACUAUCACUGCUGGGUGGAGAGCUGGAUGACCAGGCCUGACCUUAAAUCAGAUUUUAAUGGCUGGCAGGCCAGUGACCCUACACCGCAGGAGAAAAGUGAAGGAGUGUACUGCUGUGGCCCCGUCCCUGUCAGGGCCAUCAAGGAGGGCGAGCUCAUGUUCAAGUAUGAUGCCCCAUUUGUCUUUGCUGAGGUCAACGCUGACGCCAUCACCUUCAUGAAGAAAAAAGAUGGCAGCACAUCAAGAGUCACUAACACUGUAGCCGUAGGCCAGAAAAUCAGCACAAAGAGCGUGGGCAGUGAUGCCAGAGAGGACAUCACUCAUCUCUACAAGUAUCCUGAAGGUUCUGAUGAAGAGCGGGAGGUUUUCAAGAAGGCCGACCACCAAAACAAGCUGCUCCACCAGCAGCAGAAUCAAGGCCUACACCUCGCCGUCAAGGUGACGUCAGACAUGAGGAAGGGCUGCGACUUUGACGUGUUUGCCGUGGUUACUAACAACACGCAAAGCGACAAGAAAUGCCGCCUGGUCUUUGGAUCCUGCGCUGUUACCUACAAUGGGUUCCUGGGAGGGAACUGUGGCUUUAAAGAUCUGCUCAAUGUAGAACUCGCACCAGGAGCAGAGAGGCGGGUUCCACUGAGGUUGAACUACUCUAAGUACGGUGGCCUAGUCACUGAGGACAACUUAAUCCGGCUGGCAGCUCUGUUGUUGGACUACACCACCAAAGAGACAAUACUGACAGUGAGAAACAUUGUGCUGGACAAUCCUGAAAUCAAAGUCAGAAUCCUGGGUGAACCCAAGGAGAAUCGAAAACUGGCUGCAGAGAUCACCCUCCAAAACCCGCUGCCAGAGCCGCUGGAGAACUGCUGCUUCAGCAUCGAGGGGGCCAACCUCACCGGGGGAAACGUCAUCUCUGAGAGCCUGUCCUCCUCAGUGGGACCAGGGGAAGAUGCCAAGGUGAAAAUAUAUUUCACUCCCACCCAUUCUGGGCUGAGAAAGCUGGUGGUCGACUUCGACAGCAACAAGCUGUGUCACGUCAAGGGCUACAGAAACGUCAUUAUUGGAAAAUAGAGCUUUCCAGCCUUUACUGUCCAUUAGACAGCACUAUUCUCACUCUUUUUUAUUAGAACUGUUUAUUCCUCCACCAUUUUGCAAAGCAUUCUUUUGCACAGUUUUUAACAUAUAAAAUGUUUGUCUAUUCUUAUACUUUGCAAACUCAUUGUAUAUUUCUGAUUGCCACAUGUGAAUCUAUUUUUAUUCAGAGCCAAAAAAAUUUUAACGAGACAUGAGAACUUUUUGUACUCAUUAAGGCGAAUUAAAUAUGUGCAUGCAAAAGUUUUAAAGAGAAUCUGAACUAUUUCUUCUCAUGCUCUGAAGUGAUGAGUAGUAUUUUAAGUACCAUGUACUAUUUUUAGACUUUCGAGGUGCUACAAUUAAGAGAGCUGUUACACAUGUCUCAUUAUUUUGUAAUAUUAUUUCAACCAGCCACACUGCCGUCACACAAUCUUUGAUGCUGUUUGACAAAUGACUGAGAGCCUGAAUGCAAUGUGUGGGUUUUUUUUUUAUUUUCAACAAUCUGUAUUUUUUGCACAUUCUCCCUACAGAAAAACUAAUGAAGCAUCUGGACACAAGAUCAUUUAAUAACCCUGCAGUGCCACUGCAAUGCAAGGUGUUUUUCUUUAAAGAGCUUAAUAAACCCCUCUCCUGUCCAGUAUAGAUCCUUCACCACUGAUCAUACUCACUGAGACGAAACCUAAUCUAGGUUAUAUAAUAUUGCAUGUAUUUUCAUUUUUCUGCCAAGUAGAUCAAUAAAUCUUUCCUCCCUGUGCUCUA